CAGCUAAAUAGUUUUGUGUUUAUAAAUAAUUGAAUUAACAAGUUUUCCAUUCAAAUCUAUAAAUUUGAUCUAAUUAUUAAUUAUUUGCUCAGAAUAAUAUUUGACCAGAAAACCACACAACCCACAAUGCAUUGCUGUGCGAAAGACGGCUAGGGGUUUAACUGAUCGGUUUCGGACACAUUAUAGAGUUUACGUGAUUAAAAUGAGCAGAAUGUCGUCCGAGGCGUUUGAGAAGCUUCAUGAAAUGUACCGAUCUCAGUGUGAUGAGCUAAAGCAGCUCUCUGACCGAGUGAUUCGCUCACAAGGCGAAGAGAAGAAGAAGCUGACACGAGUGUUUGAUGAGCGUCAUAGAGAGGCACAGGAGUUGCUGCGGGAGAUGGAGCAGGAGCUUAUCAGCGCCCCUUCCUCAUUCAGGAACUCCAUGUCCUCUAAAGUGCGGCUGUACCACAGAGACCUGGGGAAGCUGCAGCGCCAAGUACACACCUCGGAUACCACAUACAGCUUCUCCUCUAGGACGGGAGAUGGUGGGCAUGGCAUCUAUGGCGCUCAAAACGAACACAGCACCGAGCAGCAAGCUCAGCGAACUUUACUGAUCCAGGGCACUGAGUCUCUGAACAACGCCACACAGAGCAUCGCACGCAGCCAACGCAUCGCUGUGGAGAGCGAACAGAUCGGCACGGACAUCAUCGAGGAGCUUGGACAGCAGAGAGAGCAGCUCGACCACACUCGAGACAGGCUGGUUCACACUGGAGAAAAUCUGAGCCGCAGCAGGAAGAUCUUACGCACCAUGUCUCGCAGAUUGAUGACUAACAAGCUGUUACUGGGGAUCAUCAUCAUCAUGGAGGUGGCCAUUCUGGGAGCUGUGGUCUACCUCAAGUUCUUUCGCCACUGAGACGGCCUGCUCUCUGUGUUCCCUGUCUUUCAUUUUUCUAUCCUCUUUCUCUCAGUAAAGACGCAGCGAGAAAGAGAAUCCAGACUUUUUUUUUCCUUUUUAAACCUGACGUGUUCUGGCACCUUCGGUGUUCUUUCACGUUGGUUUGUGGAAGCUCGGAAACUUGCACUGCAUUUUAAGACUUUCUUUCUUCUAUACGAAUGCCAAUCAGCGUCCACGUAGAAACAUACGAAUGCCCGCUUGAAGUUGACGAUGGAGUGGCAUACAUUGACUCUUUGUGACUGAAUAACACUGACCUUUGACUCCUUAAACCUGAUCUAUUUAAUAGAAACACUUUGUAUUUGCCUGUCAGGACUGGAUUGGAUAUAGUAUUAAAGGCGUGUCUGUUCAGCUGA